AUGGGUGUACUCAAGAGCGGAUUCUUGUUUCUUGUUUUUACAGUUUCUCUGUAUCCUGUUUUUGUGCUUCUUUUGACGAAUCCUUGGGUGCAACGACAUGCACUGUAUGCCCAUAAAAUCCAUUCUGGCUUCUGGCACGACGUCAAUAAGCCCGAGUCCUUUGGGUUUGCAACUCAUCAAGUAACUCCCUUUAAUAUUAGUACUCCCGACAAUGAAGUGCUGUAUGCAUGGCAUAUCCUACCUCUGGCAACUGUAGCAGCACAUAGAGAUGCUUUAGCUGCUGCAGAUCCUUUUGAUCAGAGUUUACCACUGCAGCUCCUGAAGGAUGACGCUAAGGCUAGGGUGGUUGUGAAUUUUCACGGUAAUGCAGGACAUGUAGCCCAAGGCUGGCGUACAGACACCUAUCGUGCGCUUUCCAAUCAACCACAUACCCAUGUCUUUACAAUCGAUUACCGCGGGUUUGGACGCAGUACUGGUGCGCCGAAUGAAGCUGGUCUUAUCACUGAUGGUCGCGCUUUGGUGCACUAUGUCCUUUCGCUCGGUAUUCCUCCCUCGAGAAUCGUUAUCCUAGGCCAAAGUCUUGGGACUGCUGUUGCUACUGCUGUGGGCCUUAAAAAGACAGAGCUUGAAACUGCAGUCUUCAGAAGUAUUAUCCUAGUGGCACCGUUCUCCUCAUUGCCGGAUUUACUGCUGAGUUACCGCAUUGGAGGUUUGAUACCUAUCCUGGCUCCCAUCCGCAAUUCUCCAUUUCUGGUUUCUUUGGUUUCCAAGUAUAUCCUUGAUACCUGGCCCACCGGUCUUCGCUUGAACGCCUACGUCUCUUCCACUCUUUCUCCAUCUCCCCAUAAUGGAGCUGGAAACGUACAUAUCUUGCAUGCCAUCGAUGACCAAGAUAUCUCUUACGUACAGUCAGAGAAACUUUUUGCGAUGGCGACGGGAAGAGAAGUUGAGGCAUUGCCGCUGGGAGUGAGGGAAGAGAGGGAAGAGGGUAAGAAGGGGGUCAGAGUUGAGUUGCUGGAGUAUGGGAUGCAUAAUCGGGUUGUUACGUUUUCGAACGUUGGGUUGGCUGUUAUGAGGGCUUUUGAGGGCUUGUAG